GUUUGUGUUAGUUGUCGCAUUCUCUUUCAUCAGAUUUAUUAUUGUUAAUAAUUAAUGAAUUAAUUAAUUUAAGAUGUGCUUCUAAUUUGUCUCCAUGGAUUCUGAUAAGCCUUUGCCUAAAAAAACUUUGUUUCCUAAAAGAAGACUUCCAUCAAAACAUUCUCAAUCCCUCAGUGAAAUAGCUUUUGAAAAAAAUGAAAUGUCAAACUGCAAGGCUAAGAUACAGUUUGAGCAUGAUUUAGAAAUAAGCUUAAAAUCUUUUGAGAAAGAUCUUCACCUCUUGCGUUUAAAAAACCUGCGUCAUUUAGCUGAGACUUUAAAAGAUGAUGCUUGGAUGUACCCCGAUUUGGAGGCAAAACUAGGUAUUUGAUUUGAGCCCACGCCAUAGGAAAAACCAUGUCUUCUUGUGACCCUGUAGUUGUUAGCUAUGAAAACAGCCUGCUACGACAAUCUGAUGUUGAAUUGUUAGAUCCACCAAAUUGGCUCAAUGAUAACAUUAUUGCCUUUUGGUUUGAAUACUUGGAAUAUGAUGUUUAUAAAAAGCAUAAAGACAAAUUUGGGUUUGUUUGCCCUCAGGUUGUACAGUACUUAAAAUUUGGACUUCCAGAAGAGGUCAAGUCAACCAUUGAAGAGCUUGAGUUAGAUAAAAAGCAAUAUGUAUUCCUUCCAGUUAAUGACUGCAGGGCACAAACGGUUCCAGGCGGGACACACUGGAGCCUCCUAGUUUAUAAUGCACAAGAUCAAGCAUUCGAGCAUUACGAUUCUUAUCCAGGCAGUUAUAAUUUAUCAGUAGCUGAGAAUUUAGCUAAAAUCUUGGGAAGUUUUCUGAGGAGUUCCUCAACAUUCGGACAGCAGCCUGUAAUACGGGAAAUGACCUGCACUCAGCAGAAUAAUACGUAUGAUUGUGGCAUGCAUGUGAUCUGUAACACUGACGGAUUGUGUAGAAAAUAUAUUCACCAAGACUCAAGACCUCUAACGGAAAUCGUGCCUUCAAAAGUUGUUUCAAAUUCUCGAGAUUUUAUCAAAGACAUUAUUCGUUCCCUGAAAAAAUAAUGUUGAUUUUUCAUUUUAAUAGUUUUUUCUUGCGUAAUUUAUUUGUUUCUUUUCUGUGAUCUUCUUACCAAGGGUACUUACUGUAAUUGAAAAUUCGCUUUCAAAGUUGAGAAAAUACAAAUAAGUUCUGUGGAUAUCUAGAAAAUUAAAUAUUUUGCUCUUGCUGCAGAUAUGUUUUUGUAAUAUAUUUUGUGCUGUUCUUAUACAUUAUAUUUUCCAUUCAUUUUUCUUGUGUUGUCACAGUGAUUCAAUUAUAAGACCAAACUUCAAACUAAAACUAAAUGAAUUCCUGCUUACUUUGAAUUAUUUUUUCCCAACUAAGUUCUUAAGUGAACACUAUGUUACGUACGUAAGUAAAACGUUGGCUUUAUGUGUGAUAUGGAAUACUUGUAACAUUUACAUGCUUCAACUUUGGUGUAUUAAUUUGUAAUUUUUUUACUUUAAACUUAAUUUAAUAACAAAAUAUAUUUGAAAUGAAAAAUUUCGGUGAAAAUUAUAAAAAUGACCUCUACAUUUCCUCCAGCAGUUGCAGAAUUUUGCCUUGUUCAGGUAAUUUAAUAUCUUAUUUUUUUUUAUGUGACAUGAAUUUGAAAAAUAUUCAAUAUAAUUUAUUUGACUUUUUAUUAUAUGUAUUGAAAUUCUCCUAACCAAAUUCAUUCUAAAUUUUCAGAUAUUGUUCAGGAUUUACCAACAGUGGUGCAUGUAUGCAUUUAGGAGAAAUAAAAAGGCAAACACUUAGUAUAUUAGGAAUAAAAUAUAUUUAUUUACAGUUGAGUAUACACAUUUUUGUAGAGAUUUUCAACAAAUUGAACAUUAGUUUCUAGCAAGACACUGGAACGAAUUAUGUUACAAAAUUAAACUGUAUUUGCAAACAUAGUCAAAUAGAAAUGUACAAAGUGAAUAAUAUCAUAUAUACUGUAAAUUUGUCAAAGGAUUUUGAAUUUGUUACAUACACUAUUCAAUGACUAGAUUUUUUUCCUCAAGAUUUUCUGUCACAUGUACAGGGUGUCCACAGGGAAACGACCAUGCUUUAGAGCUGUCUAGUGGUGAAACAAUUGCUCAGAAAUUAACAAAAUUUUAUGUACAGUGUAAUGAAGGGAUGGGACUUGGUUUGAAUGAAGAAAAAGAAAGGCUAAAAAUUUCGCUGCCAAAGGGUGUUUUUAACAUUACUUCCCGAUCGUCAAACCUCGGCCCGUGUGACUUUUAGCUUUUUAGGCGUUUGAAACAUCUUGAAGAUCGUGAUAAUCCUCGAUUGUUACCUGAUCUUAAAUACGGUAUAUCAUGACAUGCUCUUAGCAUUUCUCAGAGCAUAUUACUGUAUCCUGUAAAACAUGCUAUCUCAUGUUUUCAGGAGGUAGACGAAAAUGAUAGCCAUCAUGUUGAACAUGUUUUGAUGUAAGAUUUGUUUUAAAACCAUCGUAAACAUACAUUGUAACAUAUGCAUAAUAAAUGUAACUCGUAAAAAUCCGCCUCAAAUGUUGACUAUGUUCUGAACUAUUUUUUUAUUUGAUCAAACAAAGUCCCAUCCUUCAAUAUGUUGUACACAAAAUUUUGUUAAUUUUUGAGCAAUAGUUUCCCGCUAGACAACUUUUAAGUUGGGUUGUUUAAUUAUGAAAGUCCUGUAUUAAUUGUCUUGUUUAAUUUACAUUUUUAUUUGUUGCUUUUAUAAAAACACUGUAUUUUAGUAAUAAGUUUGAACUGUUUUGUGAUACAUUUUGGAAAUCAAAUUCUGGAUUAAUUUCUUCAUAGCCUAAGUCUAAUAAAAUUGGUUUUUCACUGGAA